AUGAAUGCUUUUGGCAUCCGGUUUGUGUCCCGUAUGCUUCGUCCAUACCUGGAAUCACCGACAGAUCGGAACCAUGCACUCUCUGUCACAGUUAAAGUUGCCAUUGGUCUGAGAUUCCUAGCCACAGGUAAAAUGCAGUUAUGCAAUGGUGAUGACUUUGGUGUUAGUCAGCCGACGGUGUCCAGAGUAGUAACACAGUUCAUUAACGCUUUGACAAUGCCACAGAUUGUUGCCAGAUUUAUCAAAUUUCCGAGAAGCGAUGCGGAGGUACGGUUGAACCAGAUAGGAUUCCAUGCUAUUGCCGGGUUCCCUGGUAUUGUCGGAGUUAUUGAUGGGACCCAUAUCAGGAUUGUUGCUCCAUCACAGAACGAGGCGGAUUUCGUCAACAGAAAGCAGUUCCACAGUAUAAACGUUCAAAUGGUUUUUGACCACAGAUAUAAGAUAAUUGAUUUGGUAGCAAGAUGGCCUGGAUCUACACACGAUGCCAGGAUACUUCGUCAAAGCCAACUGUACCAGAACUUCGAAAACCGCACAAUUUCAAGAAAUCCCCAUUUACUUGGAGACAGUGGUUAUCCAGCUAAACCCUGGUUAUUGACUCCUUAUCUACAACCACAACCAGGCCAACAGACCAAUUACAAUACUGCCCAUAAGCGAACACGGACUGUUGUAGAGCGAGGCAUCGGGCAGCUGAAACGCCGGUUCCAUGUUCUCCACGGAGAGAUCAGAAUGGACCCGACAAAAGCAACGAAGAUUGUUAUGGCGUGCGGCGUACUGUACAACAUUUGCAAGAUUGGCCAAAUUCCUCUCCCUGACAAUGAUGGCAGUAAUGACGAGGACGAUGAUGAGGACGAUGACGAGGACGAUGAUGAAGGCGGGGAUGAGUAUGAUAAUGAAGAUGGCAUUAAUGCAGCCCGGAUGAGUGGUACACACUACCGCCAACAUAUAACCACUACUUAUUUCUAG